AUGGCAACUCCCUAUUACGGUAUGAUCGAAGAAGUUUGGGUGAUACUGAUUGAUGAUGACAAAGAGUUUGUCACUCACAUGACUGGUUUGCUAAAGUCUCACAACUAUAAAGUUAUAACGGUUGAUACGACUUCAACAACAGUGUCAUUGCUCUCUAAAGGAAAUCAAAAAAUCGAUGUGAUGAUACUCAAUGUCCAUUCAUCAAACCUUCUUUCUUUUGCCCUCUUAGCUCAAGCUGUGGCUUUGGAUAUAAUUUCACUCGUUGUAUGUGAUGAAUUCAAUGAACUCGUUGCAAAGAAGACUUUGGAAGAUGGAGCUUAUCUUUACCUUAAAAAGCCAUUUGACAAGGAAAUUGUGAAAUACUUGUGGCAAUUCGUAUUGAGUGAAAAAAUACAAAGAGAGAAAGCGAGAAAAGGAUCAGGAAAACAUAAAUAUCAUAUGAAGUUUGUUGAUAUCAGUACUAAUAAUAUUGUUGGAGAAAAUAAAGAACCCGAAGAGAAAAAUGUCUCUUAUACUAAGGAACAGAGCAAUAAUAUUCAUGAGGCUGGAAACGAUGUUGUAUUAAUUAAGUGGAAAAUACACGCUACAGAGGAAGAGAGGCGAAAGGACUACAGAGAAUGGACUGAGGAUCUUCAUGCCAGAUUUAUGCAAGUUGUACACCAACUUGGAGAAGGACGAUGUUACCCCAAGAAGAUUCUUGAAGUGAUGAACUUGCCUGGUCUUACUAGGAUGCAAGUUGCAAGCCACCUGCAGGGAGCAACAUAUUCAGGUAGCAGAACAGUGUCUAGUACAUACAUUGGAAAUGCAAUAAUCAAUAACUACAACUUGAAUGUCCUUGUGGACAAUGUGACAACUUAUUCAAGUAGUGCAAUGGUGUCUGAUACUUAUGUUGGAAAUGUUACUAUUAAUGGUCUGGGAGCAACAAAUGUGAAUGCAAAUGCCCAACAACAUGUUGGUGAACCAAUCAUGUCUGGUCCAAGAAAUACUAAUGUGGCAUCGUAUGAGAAUUACAAUCUUGGACCUCCAAGUGCUAACCUACCUAUUGAGCAAGGCAAUGAGUUUGAUCAAGUUUACUCUGAUGAUCAGAAUCUUGGACCUCCAAGUGCUAACCUACCUAAUGAACAAGACGCUGAGUUUGAUUAA